CAUUAGUAUCAUCUUCCCUCGUAUACUUCCCCUCCUCAACUUUGUUUUGUUUUUCAUGUACGCUUUUUGAAUCAUCUUACGUGCUCCUAAUCAUGAUUCCAACACUUGUUUGUAUUGGCACAACAAUAUUCCAAAGCACCCUCUCUUCUUACUCAUUGUCUUUCAUCUCUCUUUUUCUCUCCACGUCACUCGCCCUUCUUGCUAUUUCCCUCAACUAUUGGCUUGUCCCCGGAGGUUUUGCAUGGAGGAAAUAUCACAGUCGUUACAAAGGCCAUGCAAAACUCUCUGGCCCAAUGGGCUGGCCCAUAUUGGGAACUUUACCUGCGAUGGGCCCUCUAGCCCACAGGAAACUUGCUGCCAUGGCCACUUCACCAAAAGCAAAAAAGCUCAUGACAUUGAGUCUAGGAACAAAUCCAGUUGUUAUCAGCAGUCACCCAGAAACCGCAAGAGAAAUUCUUUGUGGGUCGAACUUCGCUGACCGACCCGUUAAAGAAUCGGCCCGAAUGCUCAUGUUUGAGCGUGCCAUUGGAUUUGCUCCAUAUGGGACUUAUUGGCGCCACCUACGUAAAGUGGCAAUCACCCACAUGUUCUCUCCGAGGAGGAUUUCUGACUUGGAGAGUCUCCGACAACAUGUGGUUGGCGAAAUGGUGAUGAGGAUAUGGAAGGAGAUGGGGGACAAAGGGGUGGUAGAGGUUCGAGGCAUAUUGUAUGAAGGGUCUUUGAGCCACAUGUUGGAGAGUGUGUUUGGUAUUAAUAAUUCUCUAGGAUCACAAACAAAGGAGGCGUUGGGUGAUAUGGUUGAGGAAGGGUAUGACUUGAUUGCCAAGUUUAAUUGGGCAGACUAUUUUCCUUUCGGGUUUUUGGACUUUCACGGGGUCAAGAGAAGGUGUCACAAAUUGGCAACUAAGGUCAAUAGUGUGGUGGGUAAAAUUGUGGAAGAAAGAAAAAAUUCAGGGAAGUACGUUGGACAAAAUGAUUUUCUUAGUGCCUUGUUAUUGUUGCCUAAAGAGGAAAGCAUAGGUGAUUCAGAUGUAGUGGCUAUCUUAUGGGAAAUGAUAUUUCGGGGAACAGACACAAUUGCUAUACUUUUAGAAUGGAUCAUGGCCAUGAUGGUUUUACACCAAGACGUACAAAUGAAAGCACGUCAAGAGAUCGACUCAUGCAUCAAGCAAAACGGUUACAUGCGAGACUCAGACAUUCCAAACCUCCCUUACCUCCAGGCCAUAGUGAAGGAGGUUCUCCGAUUGCACCCACCAGGCCCAUUACUUUCCUGGGCUCGCCUCGCAAUCCAUGAUGUCCACGUGGACAAGGUCAUCGUGCCAGCUGGCACAACUGCAAUGGUUAACAUGUGGGCUAUAUCACAUGACUCAUCCAUUUGGGAGGACCCGUGGGCCUUUAAGCCCGAAAGAUUCAUGAAAGAAGAUGUGUCGAUCAUGGGGUCGGACAUGAGACUUGCACCAUUUGGUGCAGGACGUAGGGUGUGCCCAGGAAAAACAUUAGGCUUAGCCACAGUUCAUCUAUGGCUUGCACAACUUCUUCACCAUUUCAUAUGGAUUCCAGUGCAACCCGUGGAUCUUUCAGAAUGCCUAAAGCUCUCGCUCGAAAUGAAAAAGCCUUUACGAUGCCAAGUGAUUCGCAGGUUCAACACCAUAAGCUCUUGAACUCAACAAGAUAAAUUAAUGCACAAUAAAGGAUAUCAUUAUCGAUGUAACUGUUGUGAUAAAAAAAAAAUUAAAGUCUUUGAUUUGGGUGGAAGUUAUGUAAUGUUGUAAAAAUAUAUUAAGUAUGUAGUAUGCGUUGAGCUCAAGAUAGUCCAAGAAAUGGGCUAAUGAAUGGAUUGAUACUAUCUCUCUUUGAAAGUACACCACGUACAAUAUUGGAUCUAAUAAAGUCGCAUGGUUUUUGUAUGUCUUA